UACUAAGAAAAACAAAAGUUAUAGGAAAGAAAAAAGAAACAGAUGCCAAAGAAGAGUGGCAUGCCUCUGAUUCUUAUCUCUUAAAACAACACUUCACAGGUCACUUCGCUCAUUGGACCUCUCUCUGAUCUCACUUCACUCUCACUCCGUCACUCGUGUUUUAUUUUACAUCAGAAUCUCUCCUCUCUUUCCACAAAUAUUGUCUCUAACCAAAUAACUCUCACAAAAAUGACCCACAAUAUUCUUUUUUUUUUAUUUUUCUCAAAUUCCCCACACCAUUAAUAAAAAACCUUACCAACCCAUGAAGUAAAGUAAACUCCUUUCUUUCUACUUAUUAAUAAAUAUCUCUAUAACUCUCUUUUUGUGUUUCAUCAACUUCAUCAGUCUCUCUUAAACUCCAUCGAUCACAAGAAAGUUAUUAUUAUUAAAAGGAAAGAUGAAGAGAGGACAUGGCGAAACAACUUGGGACCCGCCACCUUCUCGCUGUUCCGGUGAAGGUCCUUCAAUGGCGGUGGUCGUGGAUAACAACAACAAGAAGUCUACUGCUGAUGACAACAACAACAACAACAUGGACGACGAGCUUCUUGCUGUUCUUGGCUACAAGGUUCGAUCUUCUGAGAUGGCUGAAGUCGCACAGAAGCUUGAGCAACUCGAGAUGGUUUUGUCUAACGAUGACGUUGGCUCUACUGUCUUAAACGACACUGUUCAUUACAACCCAUCUGAUCUCUCUAACUGGGUCGAGACCAUGCUCUCCGAGCUUAACAACCCAGCUUCUUCCGAUCUCGACCCGACCCGAACUUGCGUUGCUAGAUCCGAAUACGAUCUCAGGGCCAUUCCUGGUCUCUCUGCGUUUCCAAAGGAAGAACAAGAAGUCUUUGACGACGAAGAAGCUAGCAGCAAGAGGAUCCGACUUGGAGAACCCUAUUGCGAGUCAGCGGGUGAGUCAACUCGUUCUGUGGUGCUCGUUGACUCUCAAGAGACCGGAGUCAGACUCGUCCACGCGCUUGUGGCGUGCGCUGAGGCGGUCCAGCAGGAGAAUCUCAGCUUAGCCGACGCGCUCGUGAAACGCGUGGGAACACUCGCAGCUUCUCAAGCCGGAGCCAUGGGCAAAGUCGCUUCCUAUUUCUCCCAAGCCCUGGCUCGUCGUAUUUACCAUGGUUACAACGCGGCAGAGACGGACGGCUCAUUCGAAGAGGUUCUUCAGAUGCACUUCUACGAGUCUUGCCCUUACCUUAAGUUCGCUCACUUCACGGCCAACCAAGCCAUACUCGAAGCUGUCACGACGUCGCGUAGAGUUCACGUCAUCGAUUUAGGGCUUAAUCAAGGGAUGCAAUGGCCUGCUUUGAUGCAAGCCUUAGCUCUCCGACCCGGUGGACCUCCGUCGUUUCGUCUCACCGGAGUCGGUCCACCGCAGACCGAGAAUUCGGAUUCCCUUCAACAGUUAGGUUGGAAAUUAGCUCAAUUCGCUCAGAACAUCGGCGUCGAAUUCGAAUUCAAAGGCUUAGCCGCUGAGAGUUUAUCGGAUCUAGAACCGGAAAUGUUCGAAACCCGACCCGAAUCAGAAACCGUUGUGGUUAAUUCGGUAUUUGAGCUCCACCGGUUAUUAGCUCGAUCCGGUUCAAUCGAAAAGCUUCUCGAGACAGUUAAGGCUGUUAAACCGAGUAUUGUAACGGUGGUCGAGCAAGAAGCGAACCACAACGGAGUCGUCUUCCUCGAUAGGUUCAACGAAGCGCUUCAUUACUACUCGAGCCUUUUCGACUCGCUCGAAGACAGUUACAGUCUACCGAGUCAAGACCGAGUUAUGUCGGAGGUGUAUUUAGGGAGACAGAUACUCAACGUAGUUGCGGCGGAAGGGUACGAUCGGGUGGAGCGACACGAGACGUUGCCACAGUGGAAAAACCGGAUGAGAUCCGGUGGAUUUGACCCGGUUAAUCUCGGAUCUAGCUCGUAUAAACAAGCGAGCAUGCUCUUAUCGGUGUUUGCUACGGGAGAUGGAUACAGAGUUGAAGAAAACGACGGUUGUCUAAUGCUUGGGUGGCAGACAAGACCGCUCAUCACAACGUCGGCGUGGAAACUCGCUGAGUCGCGGCGGUAGAGUAGUAGUAGAGAUGAUGGAUGAUGAUGACUCGCAUAAAACCGGGAAAUAUAAUAAAUGUUUUUAAAAAAAUUAGGGAAAGAGACUGUAACUUUUAGUUAUGUUUACUUUUUAACCCGGAGUUUUUGUGUGUUUAACUGUUUUUGCCUAAAAGUUUAUAACUUUAUCUUUUUGGACCUUGUGCGUAUCUUUGAGAGUUGAGAGGAGUAAAAGAAAAUCAUGUAUCGUAGCUCGAGCUUAUAGUAGUUUUUCAAUAAAUGGAAGGAUAACGAUUCUGUA